AGCAUUACGAAAGACCAUUUCUUUAUGGUUUGACGUUCCUGAAUUAUAUCCAAGAAAUAGGACAAGCAAAUUAGAACAUUAUACGUCAGGCACUAAAUACAAAAACAAAGUGGACAUACUACAAAGAAUUAAAGCAGUAGAUUGGGUAAUUUACACGGCAAUACGUCCAUUAUCUUUAUCUAAAACAAACCGUGUAAGAUAGACAGAGGGCCUUUAUGCUGUUCAGAUCGCACAACUAGAAAUACAUACCAUGAUGUCUAGAUCUUCAGGAAGAAAAUGGAAAUUUGUUGAAAUUGCUAAAGAAUCUGGUAAAAUAAACACACAAAUGGAUAUGACUACAAUACAGCAACAAUUAGACAACUUUUUGUCAAGCUUACAAGACUGUUAUAUUUAUGCAUGCAAGGAUAAGAACCAAGAUACGUAUUGGUUUUAUUUAAGGUUCUAUCAAUCCAUGGAUAAUGAGCCAGUAUCGACCAAACGACAACAUGGAUUUAUUGUGUAUUAUCCUGAAACAGGAUAUUUACUUGUACAUCCAGGGUGGACAAAAGAACUAAAUACAUAUGUCAUGGAGGCUAUCUUGAACGUCUUUUCAGCAGACAAACUCAUCAUUAAGACAGUGGCAGCAGCAGAAAUUGAGGAAAUAGCAAAGCAGAUCAUGAACAGAAAAUCACUUGGUGUGUUUAGUCAAUUGAGAAAUAAUCAAACGGAUGCAAACCCUUUAGACAUUAGACAAAAGAGACCUAGAGGAUUUGAAGACACUUAUACAAGGCCUGGUGAACAAAGAAGACGUAUUGUUCCUGUUGAUAUUGAAGAAAUGAAGGCUCGAUAUGAAGCAAUAAACAACCAUUUUGGUUCUGAUGCAAUCGUUAGUUAUCGAUCACUUGAUAUCAACCUGGCACUUCCCCUUCAAGUGAGUGAUAGUUUUGAAAUUAUAGAGACUGAAGAUACAGAAGAUGAAGAAGAGAAUACGAUAAAUAUUGAUAUCAACCUAAAAGGAUUUAGUGUGAUUGAAGGGCUUCGACAGAUGGUUUUGGCAGGUACAAUUCAAUCUCCACUCCCUCCCUGGUUAGAGAAUGUUGCAGCAUCAGUUUCGAGCAAGAUUUAUAUAAGCAAAGAUGGCGUGUUAAAAGAACGUUAUGAAAAUGAUAGCGAUAAUGAAAAUUAUGGAGUCGAAGAUUUAUUGGCAGAAGAAAGAGAGCAUGAAAAAGUAAGGCGUGGAAUAGGUGAUUUGAUUGCAGAAAUAGAAAGAGAACAACAAGAUACCCCUUUAUAAAUAAUGAUAAUAAUAAAAAUGAUGUUGGAGUGCUAACAGUAGCAAA